AUGGGACUGAAACCCUCUCGACCCAGUUGGGAUAUUCCUGACGAUGAUGAAGAUACAUCAACCACUGAAGAGGACGAAACAACAACCCUUCAACAACAACAGCAUGUAUCGAAAAAGAGAGAUCAUCCUUCCUCUCAACAACAAUUAUAUAUCCAAAACAAAAAGAAUAAUUAUCAGUCAACCUCCCAAACUUCCAAUAGCGCUGCUACUGGGAUACCUAUCAACAAGUCUAGCACAAAGUCUUCAUCAUCGCCAUCACUCAUCAAAUCAUCAGAUUCAUCCUAUGCAUCCGAUUCAUCGGUACUGUCUUCUCACCCCAGUUCACGAACUGCUGGCAAGUCCUAUUCAAGUACGAGCACUAGCGUGACCUCUAAAUUUUCUACAUCCUCUUCUGCAUCUCCUUCCUCUCUUUUUAUGGCACCAUUCUUGAAAUCGAGAACCACAUCAUCAUCGAUACUAGAGUUGGAAAGCUCAGGAGCUGAAAAUAUAGGCUUCUCUUGCAAAGAUCAAUCAAGUCAUGAAAUGACAACUCUGGAAACAUACUUUAAAUAUUUCGGAUGUCAGUUUGUGGAUUAUAUUGGAAGAGGUACUUUUGCCCAUUGCUUUAAAGUGAUAUAUCAAGAAAAGGAUCUUGCAUUGAUGCAACCUCCUCCUGUCAAUAACAACAGCAAUAACAACAAAUCACAACAAGCGACACAACGAAAAGAUAUUUAUCACUUACCACAGCAAGAAUAUUCUUGCUUGAAAUUAGUAGAAAUUUCGAAUAAUCCAAAAAUUGAAGAGCGGCUGAAACAAGAAAUUCAAAUAUUACGAGUUUGCAACACCUGUAAAUAUAUCACCAAGUUACUGAGCGACUAUAGGCUAAUUGAUACCAAGCUCGACUACAAGAAUAUCAUGAAGGGAAGAAAUUGGAUUGUUCAAAUACUCGAGUAUGGAGAUUCUAUUAUGAAAGUGUUGAAAGAUUACGAAAGUCAGAAUAGAACUGUUAAAUAUUUUACGAUAGGAGAGCUUUAUGCAUAUUUCACUCAAGCUAUUGAAUGUUUAUACGAGUUACACGAAGUUUAUCACGUCAUUCACAGAGAUGUGAAGCUGUCCAAUAUUUUAUUGAAGUCUGUGAUUCAUGCACGGUACAAUGAAUGCAUGUAUCAUUUCAUGUUGUGUGAUUUUAAUGUCAGUAUGUUUGACACGACAAAUGAAAAGAAAGGAAAUUCAAACACCACCUCUAAGAAAUCACUGGUUGGAACAUCGAUAUUCGUUCCAAACGAGGUUAUUUUCACAGGAGACUAUACCAAUAAGGUAGACAUGUACUCCAUGGGUGUUGUAUUCAUUCUGUUGUUUGGAAUGGUUGGAGGAGACUAUGAUUUUCUUGAAAGGUUUUAUUGCAAUGACAUUCUUGGACCGCUACGAAGUGACAAGAAGUCUGCCUAUUCAAACUCAUUUUAUGGAAAUCCUUCGAUAUAUUCCAAUAAUUCAUUGUCCUCUCUUGCUAGUGCCCCAAAUCAAACGCAACCCGAGUCUGCUCCCAUUGAAUUGAAUUCCAUCCUUGAAAGAAUAUCCUCUAAAUAUUAUUUAAACAUCCCACUAAUUGGUAACUUGCUUUUGGAUAUGACCAAAUACUAUAAUGAAAGACCUUCAAGCAAGCAAAUGUAUGAAACUAACUUGGAUUACAACUAUCUGUAUUACAUUGUAAAUGGAUAUGCUAACACAAAUGAGAUGGAGCUGCUUUUACAAGCCAGUCCUAAAUAUGCACAAGAGAGUGAAAACAUUGUCAAGUAUAUCAUCUUCACUAUCGGCCAAAUCUCUUCCUCUACCUGCUAUGAUAUUGAAAUCAUUUGUAAUUGCUUAAAACUUUUAAAACCUCCAGAAUGUUCCCGUGAGUUGUGUAAUGUAUUAUUGAAAUGGAUUUUGCAAUGUGACAUGGCUGAGAAGAAACAAUUAGAGUUUAUGAACCAAGUGAUCGAUCUCAUGAACAGUUAUGAUGAAGUGACAAAACAAAAGGCCAUUGUACAUGGUAUCAUUUAUAAUGGUCAUCUCCAAAGCAAUUCCUCUCAAUCACCUCGUAUUGAAUCUCUUCACUACUUUAUUAAGGAAUUAUGUCAUAACGACAAUGAAAAGGUGCUUCAAUACAUCGAAGAAUUCAACACAGAAUUAUCAAAAACACGACAAGACUCUACAAUCACUAAUUUCCUCGAUGCAUUUAUCCAACAUCAUCAUCAAGUUUCGCGUGACCAUCGAUAG